AGUUCUUGAAUUUCUGGACUUGUUUCUGAUUUGAGGGUUUUAAAAAUCUUCCAGACGCUACUGUUUCUUAGCUCUCGCCAAUCCCUACUUUCUUCUUCGUCCUUUCUUCCUGCGUCUUUGAUUUUGGUUUCAGGUUUGGAUUGUGAAGCAGGAAGGCGAAGAAUUGGGGGCUGAAAAAGAGCUGCAAGGGAUUCAAUCUCCGUUUUCUCUUUUGUGGGAGUUGGAAUUGUGUUGAAGAAAAAGCUUGAAGGUAUUCGUUAAUGGCGGUUCCGACGAUUGCGCUUUACGCGCCGCCACCGAGCAGCAUGUGCUCCGCGCCGCACCAGAUCAGCCCCCACGCUUCAUACGAUUUUGACGUGAACGGGCGGUCGACGUCGUCGGCCUCCGCGACGUCGUCGCAGAAGAAUUUAAUUGGCGGCCUUUCGUGCCUCUUCUCCUCUGUACCGGUCAAAUCGGCGAGUUACUCAGCCGGAGUUGAGGAGUUGAGCUCCUUAUGGCACGAUAGGACGGAGGAAUUAGGAUCCUCUUUCCGAUGCUCUUCCUUAAGCCCUUCGAAACGGGAUCAGGCUCAGCAGAGUCCGGUCUCCGUGCUUCAAGGCCCGAAUAAUUCGAUCGGCGCGCGUUCUCGGAGCCCUACCAUGAGAAUCAGCGCGGAUUUCAGUUCAAUUAGGUCUGGAAGCGGCGGAAUGUUCAACGGAUUCGCCAGGCAUGCUUUGAGUUCCUGCGUUGAUUACGAAUCGUCGCCUUUGACUUUAGAUGAUAACGACGUUGAUCUAUCUUCCUCGUCUACGGAAGAGCUUCCGUUCACCAUGGAGGAUCAUUUCGUGGAGCUGAAUUUGCCGCCGUACGCGAAGGAUUUACUUUCCGAUGCACAGUCGAGACAUCCGAUUUUCAGGCAUGAUCUAGUCGUCAAAGCUUUCUUCGAAGCAGAGAAGGCUCAUAGAGGGCAGAUGCGUGCAAGCGGUCAUCCUUACUUGCAACACUGCGUGGAGACUGCAAUUCUGCUAGCGAAUAUCACCGGAGUCAAUCCAACCGUUGUUGCUGUAGGUCUUCUGCACGACACCAUUGAUGAUUCAUCUGUCACUCACGGAAACAUAGCACGAUCAUUUGGCGUUGAGGUCGCAGAUUUAGUGGAGGGGGUGUCUAAGCUGAGCCAAUUGAGCAAGCUUGCAAGGGAUAACAACACAGCCUGCAAAACUGCCGAGGCUGAUCGGUUGCACACCGUAUUCCUCGCCAUGGCAGAUGCUAGGGCUGUGCUAAUCAAGCUUGCCGAUCGAUUGCACAACAUGAUGACACUGGACGCGCUUUCUUUGACAAAGCGCCAAAGGGUUGCGAAGGAAACUUUGGAAAUAUUCGCCCCAUUGGCGAACCGGUUGGGAAUCUUCACCUGGAAAGAACAGCUUGAAAAUCUCUGUUUCAAACAUCUCAAUCCGGAUCGCUACCAAGAACUGUCAUCAAAGCUUGUGCAGUCGUUCGACGAGGCUGUGAUCACCUCUUCUUUGGAGAGGCUGGAGGUAGCGCUGCAGGUCGGAGGAAUUGCUUACUACCAUAUGUCCGGACGACAUAAAAGCUUGUAUAGCAUCCAUUCGAAAAUGCUGAAGAAGAAGCUGCGGAUGGAUGAAAUUCACGAUAUUCACGGGUUAAGAUUGAUUGUCGAAACGGAAGAAGACUGCUAUAAAGCUCUUAGGAUUGUCCGAAAGCUAUGGCAAGAAGUACCCGGGAGGUUCAAGGAUUACAUACGCUGCCCGAAGCUGAAUGGGUACCGGUCACUGCAUACAGUUGUUACGGGUGAUACUGUAGUUCCUUUCGAAGUACAAAUCCGAACGAAAGAGAUGCAUCUUCAAGCUGAAUAUGGAUUCGCCGCGCAUUGGAGAUACAAGGAAGGAGACUGUAAACACUCUUCCUUUGUUCUCCAGAUGGUCGAAUGGGCUCGUUGGGUUAUGACCUGGCAAUGCGAGGCGAUGAGCAAAGACAGAUCGUGCAUCGGAUUCGUCGACUCCGCUACCCCUUUCUGCUCGUUCCCGAUCCACUCCAAAAACUGCACAUUUUCUUGCAAGCCCCGCUCCGAUGGACCCAUCUUCGUCGUCCUGAUCGAACACGACAAGAUGUCUGUGCAAGAGUUUCCGGCAAACUCAACGGUGACGGAUGUGCUGGAAACAGCGGGUCGGGGUAAACGGGCAAUGUAUGGGUUCCCGGUGAAGGAGGAGCUGCGGCCACGGCUUAACCACGAGGCGGUCACUGAUCCCUUGUGCCAGCUGAAGAUGGGGGACGUGGUGGAGCUAACUCCGGCCAUACCAGACAAGUCGCUGACAGAGUACCGGGAAGAAAUCCAGCGGAUGUACAACGGGGGAUUCUCGGUGCCGGCGGCUCCCAUGGCUAACUCGAGAAGCUGACGCAGUAAGAGUUGACUUCAUUCUUUGGUAGAAAGAUUAUCAUCGUGUGGUUUCAGAAUAGUGUAGUUGUAGUGUAGUUUGUAUUGUGUUAUUCAUUUCGUAUAAUAUUUUGUUGUACAUAUAGAAGAGAGAAAACAUUUUAGAUUAAAGAAAAAGAAGUGCUCCCUGUCUUGAGCAAAUCUGGAAUUUGGGAGGAUUUAGGAAUAUAUAUAUAUAUAUAUAUAUAUGGUUAUGGUAUUUGCUUACAGCUUGGAAGUAAUGGAUUGUAGCUAUGCUAUAUGUAUUCUCGAAAUUGAUUCUCAACAUCUUGUCAUUUACAUGAAAGAAUAUAUUUUUAA